GACUCAACCGCUCAACCACAACAAAAACAUCCAAAUGUCAUCACAAGUUUGUAUUUAAUAUUUAAAAAUAUAAAUAAUAUCUCAAAUGAGUUGAAAAAUACAGAUAAUGGACAAUAACAUGUGUAAUAUAACAAAAAGUUUUGAGAGUGAGGAAGCGGACGGUACUGAUCAAGAGAAAGAAAUAUCCAAUGUGAUUUUCAGUGGUAAAGAUGAACUAGAGUUAGGAGAAUCAGCAGAAAAUUCGGAACUCUGGAUAAACCAAGAAAAUAGUGUUGAUUUCGACGAUGAUCUUGAGAACAUUAACAUAACAAAUUUUUUUCAUAGAGUAGAUAGUGAUCAAAUCAUAUACCAAAAGAAGAAAAGGAAACUAAAACUUGUUGGAAAGUAUGUGAUGGGUGAUUUAUUGGGUGAGGGUUCCUAUGGAAAAGUUAAAGAAAUGUUAGAUUCAGAAAUGCUUUGUCGAAGAGCUGUUAAAAUUUUAAAACAGAAAAAGCUGCGUAGGAUACCAAAUGGAGAACAAAAUGUACAAAGGGAGAUAAAAUUGCUGAGGAAACUUAAACACAAAAAUGUUAUAAACUUGGUGGAUGAACUGUACAACCAUGAUAAGCAAAAAAUGUAUUUAAUUAUGGAAUUUUGUGUGGGCUCUUUACAAGGUCUCCUGGACUCCACACCAGAUAAAAAAUUUCCACACCACCAAGCACAUGGCUACUUUUUACAACUCAUAGAUGGACUAGAAUAUUUGCACAGUAUGAGAGUUAUACACAAAGACAUAAAGCCUGGUAAUUUGCUACUUACACUAGAAGGUGAUUUGAAAAUAACUGAUUUAGGAGUUGCAGAGACUAUUGACCUCUUUGCUAAAGACGACACCUGUUAUAUUGGUCAGGGCUCACCAGCUUUUCAACCACCAGAAAUAGCAAAUGGCUUAGAAUCAUUCCCUGGCUUCAAAGUAGAUAUAUGGAGCAGCGGCGUUACAUUGUACAAUAUUACUACGGGUUUUUAUCCAUUCGAAGGGGACAAUAUCUAUAGGCUAUUUGAAAGUAUAGGAAAAGGUGAUUAUUCGAUUCCAGAUGAAAUUGGAGAACCGCUCAGAAAUUUGCUCACUGGAAUGUUAGAAAAAGAACCACAAAAUAGGUUUAAUUUGCAGCAAAUCAGACAACACUCGUGGUUUACGAGACGACCAUCGAUUUCUAGUGCACAUGUGCCAUUUCCACCAUUGAAGGGUGAUACUUGGCACAACAUGACAGUGUUGCCUUACCUGAUUGACCAUUAUUACGAUGACCCAUGUGAUAGUGCGAAUGAGGCUCAGUAUUUCACUGAACGUGAACUGAAUGAGUCUGAAAGAAGAAAUGUAGAGUCUGAUAACGGAAAUGCUCAAUCAAACCAAAGUUCAAAGAGAAGCAGUGGGUGGAAAAAACCAAUUUCCUGUAUAUCUGUGCGAAGUCUGCCAGGAUGUAAACAGUCGUGACAAAUCUUUGUGUACUUCCCCUCUGUAAUAUACUGACAUACUUAUUGAACCAACAUAAUUACCAUGUUAUGCCCUCUAUUUGUAGUUUUGUUACCGUCGUAUUUUUCAAAUGGAAACUACAGACUUGUAUUAAAUACUUUGUUGACGUUUUGAAAUUUAUAUUGUUGUUCUGUCAGAUGAAUUUAAUUAUUUUUGUUGUGUUUGAAUAUGAAGAGUGAAUUAUAACAAAUGUAUUUAAUAUGAUAGUCUAAUUUCUAUGAUGAAGACGCGUAUUAAGAGUGCCAUAAAAUAGGAUUAAAAAAUAUUACAUAAUU